CACGUACGACUGCAGUUGCGCGUGUUACCCUUUUAUAUACUGGUAAGUUCUCAUAUAGUCCUUUUCCAAUGAGGCAUGCAUUCUUAGGCAUAUUCUUAUGAUUUUAGAGUUUCCACGUGAUAUCCACAGACCAAUGUGAUAGAAUAUAUGUAAGGAAGCAUAAAGUGAAGAAUUAUGCCAUUCACUUUUUUAGAUAACUCAAAUACUUCGGGGAAUUAUGUCUCACUGUCUGUGGCUUUUAAUAAAUAUUAUGUUUAUUCAAACUAGAUAGGGGAUGCUAAAUUCUUCGAGAAAUCAUUAAGGAAGUGCAGGAUAUUUGGUGAGUGUAUGGUUGAACUAGUUAAAGAUCAGAGUUAGGGUCAAGCCGAGAAACUGUUGGGGUUAAGUUGUGGGAAUAUUAGGAUUGUUUGAGGCUGGAUUGGGGUACAUUAAGGAGAGAUGUGAGUCACAGUUAGGUAAGAAAGGCGUGGACUCUGGGUUAAAGUUAAUCAGUGAUAUAUUCUGGUUAGGAUUGAAUAAAAGUCUUAAAUUAGCCCUCUGAUGUCGACUGUUACUUUAAAGGUCUCUGGUGCGUUCGUCCCUUCAACUCUGCCAUGAUAUAACAAUAUUUCUCUAUCCAAUAUCGAAGAUACUUGCAAUCUGAAUGUAGUGGAUCACUUAUGGAAUGAUGCAAAGCAAUGAACCUUGAGUCAUCGCGCCUAAGUCAACUCUUCUUGUUGCUAUAGACGUUCGCUCUGCUCGCAGGGUUGUUUUCCCCAUUUGUGGUUUAGUGUGGGCUGUUGGUCAGUGUGUUUGCUUUCCUAUUUUUCAGGUGAAGCUCCAGUUGUCACAAUUUUUCCGAUGAGCGGAUCUAAGCGCGGAAGGAAAUCUGUCAUGGGUCUUGACCUAACAAAUAUCAUUGAUUCCCCACCAGGAAGUGCCGACUCGAGUGGAACUCGCAGAAGAUCCUUGAGAUUACGCCGCAAAUCUACAUGUGCACUGUCCCAUGACGAACAAACACUACCAUCUAGAAGAUAUCGUCGAAAGUCUGUGAUAGACCCGCAAACUCAGGUAAGUGCGUCUGCUACGUUGAAUAAGUUACUUGUUUAUUUAUUUAUUUAUUUUCAUUCCUUCACGUUCCCAGUGGAAUAUAGGGCUUCAAGCUAGAGACUUGAAUUUUCUGUAGCAAUGUUUAUUUUUACAGCAUGGGGUUGUUAGCAGAAUGACAAGGGUUUGAUACUAAACAUAUGUUCAACGUUAAAUUACUUUCGAUGUGCAGGAAUGAAAAUGAGUCAGCACAUCAAUAAAAGACGACAGCACGUGGGAAUAUUUAGGACUUCGCAUAUUGGAUAUUGGAUGGGGUUUCUAUCCUCUCGCUCAACCGAUUUCUCUUAAGCAGCUUCAUUUCUGGUUCACCGAGGUUUAGGAGUGCGUUGGCCGGCGGUUGAAACCGUGUGGACAUCCGAGGUCGAGGGGAAUUCUACCGCUGCACCGUGAACUCAGUAUGUUCAUAUAAUCACUGUUAAAUAAUCUUUGUUCCACAUACUUUUUCAAUAUAGAUUUUCCAAAUUGAAACGUCAUUAAGACAAGGUUUAUAUAUAACGUAUUCACCGUAUUGGAUAUCGAUACCAUAUCACUUUAUUGGUCUUGUUUUGCAUUCGAAUGUAGUCUGCGUUAGCAUUGUUGACAGUUGGCUGAUGUAGUUGUUAGCUAUAUCAGACUAUUACGAAUAUUCGUCAUAUCUUCUGUAUGCGAAUUGUUCAGUGCUUCUGUUUAAAGAUUUCAAAACUGGUAGUCUGUUUAAAUGAUAAAUCAAAAUAGUGAAAGUAACACAGGACAGGACAUAUAAAAACUUGGACCGUGGUGUUGCCAUUUUAACGCAUGCUUUGUACUUGAUUGCAUAGAUGAAUCACAUAUAUGAGUUCUCAUACAUUCAAAUAUCCUACUUCAAGAUAGUUAUUCCAUUCGUUAACCGUUUCUAGCUUUCGCGAAAUUCUUCACUUCUGUCCACUUUAAGUACCCAGUCGCCUUGUGUGAAAACCCAAGCAUUUUGAUUUAGUUGUCAUUUAUAUAAACAUCCCCUUUCUCUCCGUCUCUCCUUGUUCAUAAAACAUACAAAUCUACAGUGCAAAUUUAAGCUGGUUUUCCGUUAAUCUUUCUGACGGGUCGAGCACAUACCCAUUUGAAUUACAUUGUCAUGCUUUAAGAUAUGCUCGGCAUGUACGUCUUGUAGCUUGAAUUUUGUUGAUGCAUCAUAUUGUAUUUCAAAAGCCACUAUUUUCUUCAUAAUUUCUUGGUCCUCAAAUUAAUAGAACGAACAAACUGAAUAGCUAUUACCUAGGUACAUGAGACUAUGCUUUACAUUGCUAGUAUCUUCAACCAUGAGUAAUAUAUGGUACUAAUCCACACUUUAAUUAAUAUUCCUUUUUUGUAGACGGAUGCAGUUUAUGACGCAU